UUUCCAUUUAGUGGUUAAAAAAAAAAAGAGGAAACAUGAUGGAUGGAAGAAAUAACACAGCUGUGACCUAUUUCCUUCUGCUUGGGCUUUCGGAAUAUCCCAGGGCUCAAGUCAUCUUUUUCUGCCUACUGCUGGUGUCCUACCUCGUCACCUUGCUGGGGAAUAUUCUCAUUCUCUUCUUGAUCCACUACGAUUCCCGGCUCCACACCCCCAUGUAUUUCUUCCUCAGCAACCUCUCCUUCCUGGACAUCUGCUACACUUCUGCUAGUGUCCCUCAGAUGAUCAUUAACUGUUUAGUCAAGAUCCCCAUCAUCUCCCUGGGCCAGUGUUGGACCCAGAUGUGUGUGGGUCUCUACCUGGGAGUCGUAGAGUGUCUUCUGCUGGCUGUCAUGGCCUAUGACCGCUGCGUAGCCAUCGGCGACCCUUUACGCUACCCUGUGAGGAUGGGUCCCGAGCUCUGUGCCCAGUUGGCGGGAGCAUCCUGGGUCUCAGCUUUUCUUCUCACCGUGGUCCCAGUCCUGACUAUGCCAUUAGAAUUCUGUGGCCGGUACAUCAUCAACCACUUCUCUUGUGAACUCCUGGCCAUCCUCAAACUAGCUUGCAAUGAUCUGCGAACCUAUGAAUUGUGGAUUGUGAUGACUAGUUUCCUAACUCUACUGGCACCCUUUGCCUUCAUCCUCGCCUCCUACGGGCGUAUUCUUGUGGCUGUGCUGAAAAUGAAUUCAGCUGAGGGCAGAAAGAAGGCUUUUUCUACCUGUAGCUCCCACCUUACUGUGGUAACCAUCUUCUAUGGUACAGCUAUUUUCAUGUAUAUGAUGCCCCAGGACAAAGCCAGCAGGGACAGAGACAAGAUUAUCGCCAUGCUCUAUGGCGUUGUUACACCCAUGCUCAACCCCCUUAUCUAUAGCCUUCGGAACAAGGACGUGAAAGGGGCCUUACAGAAACUAUUAGGAGAGAAGAAUGUCCCCUAG